AUGGAGACUGAGGAUUAUGAUCCCAAGAUCGAUCUUUGGAAACUCUUGGACACACCCAAUUCGCUGCGUCAAUUGGAUGAUUUGCUCAAUUACACUUCAGGGUACAAGAGGGUCUUAGAUAACAGUAUUUCCCUCAACAUUACAGAGUACAAGGGUUUUCAGGAAAUGAUGGGGGAUGAAACAAAAUUAGAGAAUUUGGAAACGGAUAUAGUCGACCUCAUAUCUUCAUUUACUAAAACUUGGGAGCUCGCCGAUGAUACGGAGAAAGCAAUUCAAUCAAUGACUGGAAAUAUAAGAAAAUUGGACAACUGCAAGAGAAACCUAACAUUAUCUAUGACAGUUCUCAAACGAUUGCAAAUGUUGAUUGGUGCAUUUUACAACCUUACCGAUCUUUUAAAGAAUAAUGCCAAAAACUAUUCAAUGAUUUACCAGCUGCUCAGCGUUGUGUUGGAGUUGAUGCAACAUUUUCAAAGUUACAAAAGUAUAGAUGAGAUAAAUGAUUUGAACAGAACCAUUUCUAGAAUUAAAAAUCAGAUUGUUGAUGGAAUAUUUUCAGAUUUCGAAGAUUUAUCCAGCAACCCUAACCCAGAAUUACUCUAUGCUUGUAAAACAUUAGAUUCGCUGGGACCCGCGUAUCGAUCAAAGUUGAUUAACUGGUACGUCAAUCUACAGCUUAAAGAAGUUAAUUCCAUUUUUGGCCCCACAGAAGAAGCGGGAUCUCUUUCCAAUUUGGGGAGAAGAUUCAUUUUCUUUAAGAGGCUAUUAAUGCAACUUGAAAAUCAAACAAGCAAAGUGUUUCCUAAGGACUGGAAAAUAGAACUAGUUCUGGCUCAAAAAUUUUGUGAAGCUACAAAAUCAGAUCUGAAUCGAGUGAUAGCUCGCGAGAGGGCAAGUAAUACUUCAGGUUCACUUGAUACUACCUUAUUGAUGAAUUCUUUAGAGGAAACUUUAGAUUUUGAAGCUCAUUUGAAUCAAAAGUUCAAGUAUUAUGACGAUUCCAACAUUGAAUCUACAAAAGCGGUUCCCGUUUUUGAUCGAAUGAUCUCAGAAGUUUUCGAACCUCAGUUGCAAUUUUGGAUGGACUACCAGGACAGCAAAUUGAAUGAGAGAUUUUCGCAGUUCUUGACACCUGACAAUCUUCUCAAAAAAACUGGGCCUUUGUCAGAUGACAAAUCAGCGUUGGAUGAUAGUUCAAUAAAUGUCCUGGACUCAUCAACAGAGCUUUUCCGUGUCUAUCGUCAGCUUUUAGUACAACUUUCAAAGCUUUCUCACGGUGAACCAUUACUGAAUCUCUCGAAUAUGUUUGUCAAGUAUCUUUACCAGUAUAAAAAUCAAGUUUUACAGCCGUUGAUCCCUCCUGCAAAGAAGAUAAGUUCUUUGACCACAGAAGAGGCGUCGCAGGUAUUGCCUCACAUUUGCCUCAUCUUAAACACGGCAGAUUAUUGUUGUUCCACAAUUUCUCAAUUAGAAGAGCGACUUUCGAAGUUGAUUGAAGAUCCCAAAAUUUCUGAAAGAAUGGGGUUUGAUCCUGUUAAGGAAUCUUAUCUUGUUCUAAUCAACAGCUGUCUAAAUCUACUGUUGCUAAAACUAGACCGUGAUCUUGAUAUGAGUUGGAGAGAGUUCACUAAUGAAAAUUGGAAGAACUUGACCGAAGUUACUGGAGAAUCUCGAUUCCUGACAUCAGUAAAAAGAACAGUCAUGGAAAAUUGCACAGUUUUGUUUAGAAACUUUGAUAAGGAAAGAUAUAUUCGUAAUUUCACGGACAGAGUGAUUGAAUUGAUCAUUACAGACUUUACUGCUCAAAUAGUGAAGAUUAUUCCCAUACAUGAAAUAGUUGCCGAACAGUUACUUCUCGAUUUGCAAUCAUUACGAUCCCUUUUCUUAGAUAUUCCCAAUCUGUCACCCAAACAAACAGAACUGACUAAUACAAAACCAAUAGUGAGCUCUAGGAUGUUCAAGAAAUUUGUGGACACUAAUGUCAAUAACUUGGAACGAAUUUUGAAGAUGGUUAUGACAAGAACAAAGCCUUUUGAUAAUUUUGUUCAAAGUUAUUUUAUGGUUAUAGGGGACAAGAAGUUUGAUAAUUUUUUUAAGAUCUUAAUUCUAAACGGCACCAUUUCCCUACCCAGGGGAUUUUCAAACGCUGCCAGUCACCAUGCCUCGUUACAAAACGAAAGGUUGAAGUAUCAGGAUAUUUUCAACCAGCAGCUUUUAGCUUACGAAGAUGGAGACACUGAGCAGGAACAACUUGAAGAGUCAUUUGCAUUUUUGGAUAACUUCGAUAUUGAUCGUUACAGAAAGAAUCUUUAUAAACCUACGGUAGAUACCGUGCCUCAAGUGGAAGGCAACGUUACUUUCUCGCCCAAUUCCACCACUUCACCAACAGCCAAAACAAUCUCUAAUUUUUUCAACAACAUCGGACAUUCCAACACCGAUUCUAUUGACGAUCAAUUUAUUGAUUCGGGUAUCAACUCGUUAGCCAAGAAGAUUGAUAAACAGGCAAUUAUAAAUACUAAAGAGAAUCUUGAAAAGAACCUUGCCAGAACUUUUAGCGGUGACCAUAAACUGAACAUUAAUGAGAACUUCAAGAACUUUAGCAAACUGUUCGGAAAGAAAAAUUGA